AGAUGGCUCAAUCAAAUGAUUGCAGAUCCUAACCCAGAACGAAAUUUUUAUCAGUUUUUAAACAUCGCGAUUCGUUUUCAGUGGAAACAUUCGUGUGUUAGUAUUAAUACUAUAGCAGAAAGUAUUUUAUUAUUAUUUAUAUUACUACGUUCACUUUGCGAACGAUAGUGAACUGGAUCUAGAUUAUUUCACAUUCAAAUCGUGAUCUGAUUAACCACACUAUAACCUCAAUUCCUUCACUUUUCAAAGAUUCUCUACAGGUUAUGUUUUUGUUGAUAAUAUCCACAUGAUAUAGUUAAAAUAAUGUUGAGACCUAUUAUUAUCAGGUGUUUUAGAAACUCCUAUACUUUCGACAAUGUUGUAAUAAAAAAUUCGGUGCAUACCUGUGUUGUAAAAAAUGUUCAAUCUACAGUUUUAAGUAAAAAAUCAGAAAAAUCUAAUCUCAUAGCAGAAAAACAACCCAGUACUUUGAGUGAGCAACAAUUUUUAGUGAGAUUAAAAGCGGAUCCGGAUAAAUUUGGAAAUUUUGAAUCAGAAACAGAUCUUACUGAGGACGAUAUUAAAGAAGAAAAGCAUUUUACCGAACAACCAUUACCUUCACAGAGACUAAGUACAAAGAAAUAUGCAGAUAUAAUUAAAGAUUUGAUAAGCAAAAGGAAAAUUAAGGAAGCAAUCGAUGUCGUUGAAGUUCGGAUGUUAAAACAGGAUAGAGUUAAACCAGAAAACUACAUUUACAACUUACUUUUAGGUGCAUGUGGAAGAGUUGGUUAUACAAAAAAAGCUUUUAUGCUUUAUAACGAUAUGAAAAAACGUGGAUUAAAAGUCACAGGAGGGACUUAUACAGCUCUUUUUAAUGCUUGCGCUAAUAGUCCUUGGCCCACAACCGAUGGGUUAACUAGAGCUACACAUUUACGCAAUAUUAUGAUUGAAAAAGGUUACCAACCAAAUGACACAAAUUAUAAUGCCAUGAUUAAAGCUUUUGGAAGAUGUGGUGAUCAUUCAAUGGCUUUUUCUCUUGUAGACGAAAUGAUUACAAAAGGAAUACCUGUUAAAGAUGAUUCAAUAAAUUUCUUAUUGCAAGCUUGUAUAGCAGAUAAGGAAGCAGGGUUCAGACAUGCCUUGCUUAUUUGGAGAAAGCUUAUCGAUAAAAAUAUAAAGCCAAGUAUUUACACUUAUAAUUUAUUGUUAAGAUGUGUUAGGGACUGUGGUUUAGGGGAUACUGAUGUUACUAAAAAUGUUAUUGAUACUAUAUGUAAACAGGAUAAAUUAUUAGAAGCUUCUGAUAUUAAAUCCAUCGAUACAAACGGUGCUUCUUCCGAUGAUUCGAGUAUCGAAUCGGAUAAAAUCGAUUGUAACAUCGAUCGAACAGGUUCGAAUAUAGAAUCAAGUUUAGAUACUUUAAAUUCGAGACCGAAUCUGCUCGCUACCGUACCACAUUUAGGAAAUAUAAUAAGUUUAUCGGAAAUAACGCAGCCCGAACAUCGCCUCUUACUUAUAGGGGGAUGUAAAGAAUUUUUAGAAAAUAUGAAAAGCCGCGAAUGUAAACCGGAUAUAAAGACAUUCACCCAAUUAUUAGACUGUAUACCGAGUUCUCUAGCAUCAGAAAAAGAGUUACUGAACAUUAUGAAAAAAGAAGGUGUCAAACCCGAUAUUGAUUUUUAUAAUAUGUUAAUAAAGAAGAGAAGUAUGAGAUUUGAUUACGAGAACGCAAAGGAAGUAUUAAAAUUAAUUGAUAAAGCUCAUUAUAGACCAGAUUUAAUAACUUACGGAGUUUUAGCUCUAGGAUGUCGAAAUAAAAACGAAUGCAUAGAACUUGUGUCGAAUAUGAAAGAAGCCUGUUAUACUUUAAAUAUCGAAAUACUGGGGGCCAUGUUGAGUCAAGCUUGUCAUCAUUUGAAUUUUAAUUACGUAAUACAUGUUAUGGAAUUAUGUGUAACUGAAAAUAUUUCACCUAACAAAAAGUUUAUAGAAACCUUGGAGAUAUUUAGAAAACGAAUUAAAUAUAUGAGAAAAGAUAAGCCACUUACAUCAUCAUUCAUAAAAGAUGUUGUUAAUUUCAAAAUUCGAUAUAAAAAAUGGAUAACAGAAGUUGAAAUAGACGAAUCUGAAAACGCACAUCCUUGGCAACAAUUUAGGGAAACUAACAGUAAUCAGUACAGAUUUAAACUGAAAGAUACUGCUAGGUUUAAAGCGAGACAUACGUCGCGGUUCAAAGUUAAAACGUCCACCAAGAAGAGAUACUAAUUUGUUACUUUUUUAGUUAAAAUUCUAAUCAAAAUACAGUUUUUUCAAAUU